CGAGCCCACGAUCACCGCCGCACCACACACCCAAAAAACGCACGAAAUAAUAAUUGCGCAAGAGCAACGGAAACCCUCAAAACGGCAGAGCACGAGAGAACAAGAAAAAAAAGGAGAGGAAAAACCCAAGAAAUCCGCCUUGCCCACUCCGAUCUCUCCCUCCAGCAUAUCCCGCCCCGAGAAUUCCCCUCGGAUUUCCUUCCGGAGCUCCCCCGCCCAGAUUCGCGAUCCGAGCUCGGAGGAUGCGCGGCGAUCCCCUCCCCCAUUCCCGCGCGCCCGGAUCACACGGAAGGCGUGGUGGAGACUGACUGACCGAGGGCUCCGGCACGGGCACGCCGGGGAGGCGGUUGCAACCGAUCCGAUCUCGCGUCCGCAGGUUGCUCUGAUCUGGCAGGGGAAUGCGCGUGCCGACAUGGUAAGCCGAGGAGGAGGAGCCGUGCGGUCGUUGCUGGAUCGUCUGCGCCCGCCGCCGAGGGGGAGGAGGAGCCCCGCCAUGCCGCCGCCCGCCGCCGCCGCCGCCGCCGCUGCCAAAGGCGCCUGCUUUUGCAGCUUUAGCCACUCGGGCGCGCACGGCGAGGGGCGGAGGAAGGGCCUCCUGGAUUUGGGCGCCGGCCGGAGGUUCGCGCCGGGCAGCGCGCUGAGCCUGAAGGGAUGCCUGGACUGGCAGGAUGGCGGCAGGUUCAGGAGGGCGGAUGGUGGUGAUGGCGAUGCGGUGGAGAUCAGGGCGCGGGUCCUUGCCCCGCAGCGGCAGUUCGUCCGUGAUGCGGAAGUUCAGCUGUCGGAGGAGGUUGGCGUGAAGAGUGUGGAUGGAAAUGGCGCUUUCCGGCGGGGGAAGCGCCUCGAUUUUCCUGAGCAGCCUGUCCCGACUAAGAUGGUGGUUGCUGUUGAUGUGGAUGAAGUUCUUGGAAGCUUUCUUGCUGCUCUGAACAGAUUUAUUGCCGAGCGGUACUCUUGGAAUCACUCAGUAUCAGAAUACCAUGUCUAUGAGUUCUUUAGGAUAUGGAAUUGUUCUCGAGAAAAAGCUAAUCUUCUUGUCCAUGAGUUCUUUACAACCCAUUACUUUCAAGAUGGUGUCCAUCCUAUCCCAGGCGCCCGAGAUGCGCUCCAAAAUCUUUCUUCGUUCUGCAGCCUGUCUGUAGUAACAUCUCGCCAGGAUGUAAUAAAAAAUCACACAUUAGAGUGGAUCGAGAAGUUUUAUCCGGGCUUAUUUGAGCAGAUCCAUUUUGGGAACCAUUUUGCUUUGGAAGGCCAAUCAAGGCCAAAAUCAGAGAUUUGCAGAUCUUUUGGUGCUCAGGUUUUGAUAGAUGAUAACCCGAGAUACGCUUUAGAAUGCGCUGAGGAUGGCAUGAGGGUUCUGCUCUUUGAUUACGAUAACACGUAUCCCUGGUGCAAAACUGGUGUGGAUCAAUCACAUCCUCUGGUGACCAAGGUUCAUAACUGGCAGGAGGUUGAGCAAAAACUUCUCUCGUGGGUAGCACCUGAGAGCUGACAUUCUUCCUUGUCCGAUGUUAGCAGCAGAAUUAUGCUCAGCAGACAAGAUCUCACUUUCUGAAGGAGGAUGUUGCUUCCCUUUCAACAUCUCAAUACAUAAACAUGUCAAGGGUAAAGUAGAAUACUCCAUAUCUUUGUUUGAGAGAAUGACGAUUGAACAUCGCCUCACUGCAGUAUGCUGGGUGGAAGGCAAUCAGACUCAAUCUAGAUGCCCUGAGAUGAUCCAAGAUUUGCACUCACAGUCACAUGCUGAAGAUCGAAUUCUUUUUCAGCAUGUUAGCUUCUGUGGUACCGUGGUGUAUAUACUGCCGCUGCUAUAUGCAUUUGUUGAAUCAAAUACUUCAUAUCAAUUGAUCUGGUGCACACAAUCUUAUGAAUUGGAUCC